AUGAGCUCGAAGGCCCAAUCGACGCCACAGCGGGUGCACGGCGCAGCCACCACUGCUGUUGUCACGGAGCCUGUGGCUGCCGCGCUGCCGCCGAGGAAGGUGGCAGAGUUGGUUCGACAGCUGGCAGAGUCUCAGUAUGAGGCACAACAACUCCACCAGCGGAUGGAGUUGUUGCAGCGGGAAAACGCCUCACUUCACGCUGCCAUUUUGCGCCGACAUGACGCGGUUAGCAUCGAAAGCGUCGCGCCGUCCCAGCAAAAACUAUCCCCCAACUUUAAACAGCAGCAGCAACUACGGAGAGGUGAGGGCGAGGAGUCUCCCGCAGGGGUGGAAAGAGAUACCACUGCGACACAUAGGACUUCUGUAAAGACUCCAGCAUUUAUAGACCGAGUAAUGUCAGUUGUACCGAAGGCGCAGGCGCCAUUUGCACUCGAAGCGACGGGGGCACUCUUGACGCCGCCAUGUUCUUUUUUGAAGGCAGAUGACGAGCCGCCUGCAGUAGGCACUCAACGCUCUUCUCAUGUGGACUCUUGCUGGAAGAGGAAGUACGCAAAGCUGAAGCGUGUUCAUGAGAAGACGCUUAGAGAGCGUGAUGAGCAGCUUGCGGAGGUGCAGCAGCUGGUCUAUCAGAUUCACGCGGAGCAUGAUGAGCUGCGGCAUCGUCAUGAGCGGGAACGCCUGCAGCAACAACUGGGGCUGGAAUCAAAGAACCGAAUGUUACUAGAGGCGAAAGCGGAUUCUCUUGAAAAAGAGACAUUGGCAUGGCGACAGCGAUUUUUGCGUUUGCUAGAAGGGUCCACGCAGCUGCGGAAUCCAGUGAUGGCGCCAGAAGUGACGCCAUCACUUAGUGACGCUUGUGACAGGGAAAACCCUCCAUCUCGUCCGGAUGGUUUGAACCAGACAGAUCGUUCUUUUGUGUGGACGGAGAGUGCACUUGCUUCCGUGCUGAAUACACACACAUCCCCGCAGAUUGCAGGUGAUUUGCCUGGUUGUUGUAAUGGCGAUACCGUAAGGAAGAAGAUGAAUGAUGUGGAGCAGUUGUACCGGCAGCUGCAGCAGCAGAGAGGAGAGGAUGUAGUCAAUUCAGUUGGUUCACUUGGAAUUCAGAAUGCUUCUUUACGAUCGUUUACUGCGAUUUGCAGGCGCUCCAUUGCUGUACAAGUGAGACCAUCCACCACAACCGCAACCUCGCAGACAGAGACGCGUGGUCGGAGGUCUGUAGGCACAUUCGUGGAUGUUGGCAACCAGAAUAACGAGGUAGUUAAGGAUAUGCUGCACUCUGCGGGGGAGCCAGAGCUGACACAGCACGGUGCUCAAAAGAAAAUUUCCACCAUUUCUGAUAGGAAUAUAGCAGAGCUACCACAAUCUCAUUUUUCCGAAACCUUAAAGAGUUCGCAUCCAGUCUGUGCGUUGCAGCCUGCGCAGCAGAAGAGUCUGCAGCAUCACGUUUAUUACUCUUUGAAUCAGGCGCAUGGAAUGGGCAACAACCGCCAACCAUCUUCCUCGCCCUUAGUUGGGCUUGCGAAGGAACGAAAGCUUUUCUUGACCAAUUUUGCUUUUCCUGUAGCUUCUUCUUCUGCCUGCAUGACGAGUUUUGGGACUGUUCCUGACGGCGAUCAGGCGGAACGAGAUCGUCUUGAAGCGGACAUCCGAAGGCAUGAUCAACUUCUAGAAUCCGUAGCGAAACUGCAGCGACAAGCUCAGCGUGUUGCCAAGACACCAUCGUUUUAG